AUGUUCACCGGCACCAACGGCAAGCGGUACCCCCUCAGCUCGACGAUCGAGGAUAUGGAGGCGUACUUGAAAACCGACGACUCCAUCCUCUCCAUGAUCGAAAACGACUCGUCCCGCUGCCCGCAAAUGGAGCACGCGCGCGACAUCCUGGCCGACAUUGCCUGCCGGCGCAUCCCGAAAAUUAUCGAGAGCGAGGACUUCAGCCCGAGGCGAACGCCAUAUAUCUGGGCCAACGGGGAGCACAUCCCGAUGCUCGACGAUAGAUUUAGGCGAGUGAUCCGCAAGCAGCUCGAGGACGCGAUGAAGGAGGAGCUGCCCGAGAUGGAGAUUGAGAUUUUGCUGCGAAACCUGAACCGUGGCCUCGACGGGAAGCGUCAUCCGGCCGGCGAGGUGCUCGUCUUUGACUCGAAAAAUUCGCCAAGCGGCCAGCCCGUCGCCAAGAGGGUCGAGCAGCAGCAGGUGAUGAUGUCGGCCCCAACCGACCCGACGAUCAUGUCCGUCGCCGUCUUUGCCCACCGCCACGCCACG